GUUUGGUCACCUGUCUCGUGCUAUUUACUAAUCAGCUGCGCUCAGGUGUUGGAGAAAGGUAAAGAUCAGAGUCGUGCUCCUCCGUCUGUGGCUCAGGGUCUCCACUGGCUCCUGUUUUCUUAGGAGAGGCUUUGUUUGAAGCUUUUUCUACCUCAUUGUGUCUCAGCAGAAAUAAGACUUGCCACCACAGAAGAAAAGGAGCUCCUGCUCACUUUGACCACAUUAAGUUCCCGUCAUCUUUGAAGACCUUUUCCAGCGCCUGUUUCCUUCUUUAUCUUGGCUCUCUGUGCUGAAUCCAGAGAGCGGGACAGACUUUUUGAUAUCAUGUCUCAGAAGACGCAGGCUGACGGCACUCAGAAACACUUCACUGUGGGUCGGGGGCUCUUGGCCGCUGCAGAAACCUUGAACUUCAACAUGAAUGAGCAGCGUCCCAACAGACUGGUGGGGAUGGGCAUGGAGGGCCAGGACAGCAAUGGGCAGAUGCCCCAAUGUGGCGGCAGCACUAGCAAUCUUGGCAGCACCAUGAAGCUGUUUGUCAGUUUGGGGUUGUCGCCCUCUGACCUGGACGCUCUGGCUGAAAUCCCUGAAGAGGAGAUCAGUGUGGAGACGCUGCCACACAUCCUCAGACAGCUGAAGAGUCGCAAGGGGGAAGCAGGAGAGCGGCGGGCGGCCAUGUCCUCUGAUGCUGCGUAUCGAGGAGGAAGCUGGGAAGAGGGGCACGUGGGGAGGAUGGGCGGUUCUUCUCUGGGACAAGGUUCAGCCAAGUCCUCCACAGACUUUGGGUACAGCUCCCUGCAGGACGUCUCCUCCGGCCGGGGCUACGGCUUAAAUUACAGCGGUGGAGGUGGGAGCAGAGAGAGGCCAUACUCUGAGCUUUCCCACCGCAGUGGGCUCGGCAUGGGCCCGUCUGAGCCCGUCUUUAUGCAGAGGAGGAUGGGCUCCCCGUCAAACGGAAAAGUCCAAGACUUCUUGGGAAUCAUGCCCCUCAUGUUCCCCCACGUGUGCUCUCUUUGUGACUUUGACGUUCAUUCCACCAUGGAGUGGAACCAACACGUUAAUGGACUCCGCCAUGCUGAAAACAGACGGCAGCUACUGGACAUGUAUCCAGAGUGGGACCCUGGUAUGGGCCCAGGCAGAGGUGGUCGUCCCUGGGAGACCCCCAACCUGUCUGCAGGACUGCUGGGACCAGCCCCCAUGUCUUCAGGACCAAUGGCAGGGAUGUCCUCGAGCUGGGGUGGAGGAGUAGGUGGAGGACGUGGUUCCGGUCCAUUGGGACAGAAUAAGCUGAGGAGCAGGGUGGUGGUGGUAAAAUAUGAAAGGAAGCCUCUCAGCGACAAGACCCUGUUCGCCCUCGCCGAGCGCUUCGGCUGCCUGAGGGAGCACCUCAUCCUCAAGAACAAGGCUUUUCUGGAGAUGAGCACACAUGAAGAAGCUCUGGACGUGGUGAACUACUACCAGCAGCAUCCACCGUCGUCGUACGGCAAACACGUCACCUUCUACCUGUCCCAGACCCUCAUGUUCAUUGAGAAAGACGAGCGACCGAUGGAUCGACUGAUGGACCGACCGACAAAGCGGCCGGUGGACCGACCAGGGGACCAACCGAUGACCCGGCGGGUGGAGCGGCCGAUAGACAAACAUGAGAAAGAGGUCAAAAGUCAAGGCAGCAAGGUGGUCUUCUUCUACCACCUGCCCCGAGAGGACGAGAAGAAACAGGAGCUGCUGACCCUCGCCGAACGCUUCGGUGUGGUUGAGAAACACCUCUUCUUAAGCGACCGGGCGUUUAUUCAGCUGGCAACUGUGGAGGACGCAGAGACGCUGGUGAAGCAUUACACCCAGAACCCCCUCGUCUUCAAUGGGAGAAUAGUCCGUCUCAACAUCUGUACCAAAUACAAAACCCUCAAUGUGAAGCACAAACAGGGCGGAGGAGACGGUUUGAGCCAGAAGAAUGGCAGAGCCGAGUCCUCCAACUCCAAAACCUCCUCAUCCAGCUCCAGGAGCAGACAGGAAAAGAAGGAAGAGGAGGAGAAGGACAAAGUGAAGAUGGUAACAGAGGAGGAGGACGAGGAUGAGGAAGUGUCAGGAGUGAUGGAAGGAAGGGAGGACGGAGAAGAGGAGCAGGCACCUGAUGGCGAGGAGGAGGAGGAGGAGCAGGCACCUGAUGGCGAGGAGGAGGAGGAGGAGCAGGCACCUGAUGGCGAGGAGGAGGAGGAGCAGGUACCUGAUGGCAAGGAGAAGGAGGACGAGCCUAAGGGAGCAGAGUCUGUGAAGGAGAUGGUAGAGGAGUUUGAGGAUGCUCGACAGGAGGAGGAGGAGAAGAAAGAGGAGGAGAAGGUUACCGAUGAUGUCACUAAUGACACACCUGGAGACACAGGUGAGGUCAAGCAGGAGGUGGAGUCAGAGCCACAAACGGAAGCGGCACAAGCAGAAACCUUGGCCGAGGAGCACAAGGGCAAAGGGGAGAUGAACAUGGAGGCGGCAGAGAGCUCGGAGGCGCCAGAGGCAGCGGAGGGAGAUCUACCCGAAGAAGAGCAGGACUUCCCAGAGAACAUGGAGGACUUUGUGACGCUGGACGAGCUGGAGGAAGACAACGACGAAGCCCACGGAGAGUCGGACAAUAUCGACAACACGAGGCGAGGGGGUAUGAGGGUGGUGAACAUCGUCGGCUUCAGGCGAGGGUACCAGUACCUCAACGAGCUGCUGAAACUCGCCCAGCCUUUCGGGAAGGUGGUCAAACACCUGGUGCUGGACCUGAGACCCGAGGCGUUCCUUCAGUUCGCCACGGAAGAAGAAGCACGGGCAAUGGCCAACUUCUACAACGGGAACAUCACGGCAUCAGUGUGCGGGCGGACGGUGAAGAUCAGUCACUCCAUGAGCUACCCCACCAUCCAGUCCGGUUCCAGCAAGGUGGUGUACAUCGGGCAGAUCCCCAACAGCAAAUACACGGACGAGGAGGUCCUGAAGCUCGCCGAGCCAUACGGGAGGGUCAAGAAGUACUUCCUGAACAGGAUCCGGAGAGAGUGUUUCCUCGAGAUGUACAAUGCCAAGGACGCAGAGAAGAUGGCUGCCGAUUAUAAAACGAAGCCACUGAGAUUCAGCGGGAAGCUCCUGACCCUCUACGUGAGCAGGAAGUACAAGCAGCUCAAACACGGCCAUAGAGUGCCGAGCACCAAGAAGAGAGCGAGCGAGAGCCCGCCACUAAAAUCCUCCCAUGACAGCGAGGAGCCUCCAGGGAAGAAGCCCAAAGAGGAGGUCAAACCAGAGGAAGAGGAGAAAAAGGAGGAGGAAGUGCAGAGCUGUGAAGUCAGUGGUGAAGAGACGGUGAUGGACGAAAAUUCGGGUGCUGAGAAGCUGAAGGACAGCGAGGACAUGGAGACAUCAACUAAUCAGAAUGAGCAGACAGAGGCUGUUCCUGUCGCUGCGAACAAAGCCAGCGCAGCGUCUCUGCCCCUGCCGCUGUACGAUCCCACCACACCCAUCGGUGUUGAACAUGUGAAGGCGGGGUUUUACUGCCGCAUCUGUUUCCUGUUUUACUCCAAUGAAGACACGGCGAAGAAGAUGCACUGCAGCAGCCAAGCUCACUACAACAAGCUGCAGAAAAACCUGGAGAAGGAGCAGAGCAAAGCAGAGAAGAAGAGGCUCGCUGUAAUCUCGCCUCUUGUCGAUGUUUUCGUGGACUCAGAGUUUCUCUUCCUCAGUGAGGAGGUCUCCAUCACUCUGUUUGCAUCAGGUCAUGUUCAUCCUGCUGGGCUGAGACCUUUUCCAGCGCCUGUUUCCUUCUUUAUCUUGGCUCUCUGUGCUGAAUCCAGAGAGCGGGACAGACUUUUUGAUAUCAUGUCUCAGAAGACGCAGGCUGACGGCGCUCAGAAACACUUCGCUGUGGGUCGGGGGCUCCUGGCUGCUGCAGAAACCUUGAACUUCAACAUGAAUGAGCAGCGUCCCAACAGACCAAUGGGGGUGGGUGUGGGCAUGGGCAUGGAGGGCCAGGACGGCAGCGGGCAGAUGCCCCGACGUGGCAGCGGCGGUGGCGGCAGCACCAGCAAUCUUGGCAGCACCAUGAAGCUGUUUGCCAGUUUGGGGCUGUCGCCCUCUGACCUGGACGCUCUGGCUGAAAUCCCUGAGGAGGAGAUCAGUGUGGAGACGCUGCCACACAUCCUCAGACAGCUGAAGAGUCGCAAGGGGGAAGCAGGAGAGCGGCGGGCGGCCAUGUCCUCUGAUGCUGCGUAUCGAGGAGGAAGCUGGGAAGAGGGGCAUGUGGGGAGGAUGGGCGGUUCUUCUCUGGGACAAGGUUCAGCCAAGUCCUCCACAGACUUUGGGUACAGCUCCCUGCAGGACGUCUCCUCCGGCCGGGGCUACGGCUUAAAUUACAGCGGUGGAGGUGGGAGCAGAGAGAGGCCAUACUCUGAGCUUUCCCACCGCAGUGGGCUCGGCAUGGGCCCGUCUGAGCCCGUCUUUAUGCAGAGGAGGAUGGGCUCCCCGUCAAACGGAAAAGUCCAAGACUUCUUGGGAGUCAUGCCCCCCAUGUUCCCCCACGUGUGCUCUCUUUGUGACUUUGACGUUCAUUCCACCAUGGAGUGGAAUCAACACAUUAAUGGACUCCGCCAUGCUGAAAACAGACGGCAGCUUCUUGACAUGUAUCCUGAGUGGGAACCCGGUAUGGGCUCAGGCAGAGGUGGAGGUCUCUCAGAGACCCCCAACCUGUCUGCAGGGCUGCUGGGUCCCGCCCCCAUGUCUUCAGGACCAAUGGGAGGGAUGUCCUCGAGCUGGGGUGGAGGUGGAGGUGGAGGUCCUGGACAGCUGGGUCUGAAUAAGCUGAGGAGCAGGGUGGUGGUGGUGAAAUACGACAGGAAGCCUCUCAGCAACAAGACCCUGUUCGCCUUCGCUGAGCGCUUCGGCUGCCUGAGGGAGCACCUCAUCCUCAAGAACAAGGCUUUUCUGGAGAUGAGCACUCAUGAAGAAGCUCUGGACGUGGUGAACUACUACAAACAGCACCCGGCAUCUCUGUACGGCAAAUCCAUCUCCUUCUACCUGUCCCAGACCCUCAUGUUCAUCGAGAAAGACGAACGUUCGAUGGACCGACCGAUGGAUCGACUGAUGGACAGACCUGUGAGGGAGGUCAAAGGUCAAGCCAGCAAGGUAGUUUUUUUCUCCAACCUGCCUCGCGAGGAUGAGAAGAAGAAGGAGCUGCUGACCAUUGCUGAGCGCUUUGGCGUUGUGGAGAAACACCUCUUCUUAACAGACCAGGCAUUUAUCCAGCUGGGAACUGCAGAGGACGCAGAGAUGCUGGUGAAGUAUUACACUGUGAACCCCCUCACCAUUCGAGGAAGACGGAUCCGCCUCAAUGUCUGCACCAAGUACAAAACCCUCAAUGUGAACGCAAGGAAGGGUGGAGGAGACGCUUCGAGCAGGAAGAGUGGCAAAGCCAACUCCACCUCCUCAGGCACCGGAACCAGGACCUCCUCCAAAACCACCUCAUCCAAAUCAUCCACCUCCAGGUCCAAAGAAGACAAGAAGAGGGAGGAGAAGGAGGAGGAGAAGAAGAAGGAGGAAGAGAAAGAGGAGAAGAAAGUGAAGGCAGAGCCAGAGGAGGAGGAAGAGGAGGAGGAGAAGGAAGUCUCAGGAGUGAUGGAAGGAGGGGAGGAUGGGGAGGAGGAGGAGCAGGCAGCAACUGAUGGAGAUGGGGAGGAGCCAGAGGGAACAGAGUCUGUGAAUUUGACGGUAGAGGAGUCUGAGGAUGCUCGACAGGAGGAGGAGGAGGAGGAGGAGAAGAAAGAGGAGGACAAGGUUACUGAUGAUGUCACUGAUGACACACCUGGAGACACGGGUGAGGUCAAGCAGGAGGCGGAGUCAGAGCCACAAACGGAAGCGGCAGAAACAGAAACUUCGGCCGAGGAGCACGAGAGCAAAGAGGAGGCGAACAUGGAGGCGGCAGAGAGCUCGGAGGCGCCCGAGGCAGCGGAGGGAGAUCUACCCGAAGAAGAGCAGGACUUCCCAGAGAACAUGGAGGACUUUGUGACGCUGGACGAGCUGGAGGAAGACAACGACGAAGCCCACGGAGAGUCGGACAAUAUCGACAACACGAGGCGAGGGGGUAUGAGGGUGGUGAACAUCGUCGGCUUCAGGCGAGGGUACCAGUACCUCAACGAGCUGCUGAAACUUGCCCAGCCUUUCGGGAAGGUGGUCAAACACCUGGUGCUGGACCUGAGACCCGAGGCGUUCCUUCAGUUCGCCACCGAAGAAGAAGCACGGGCGAUGGCCAACUUCUACAACGGGAACAUCACCGCGUCGGUGUGCGGGCGGCCGGUGAGGAUCAGUCACUCCAUGAGCUACCCCACCAUCCAGUCCGGUUCCAGCAAGGUGGUGUACAUCGGUCAGCUCCCCAACAGCAAAUACACAGACGAGGAAAUCCUGAAGUUCGCCGAGCCAUUUGGGAAGGUCAAAAAGUACUUCCUGAACAGGAUCCGGAGAGAGUGUUUCCUCGAGAUGUACAAUGCCGAGGACGCCGAGAAGAUGGCUGCCGAUUAUAAAGCGAAGCCGCCAAAGUUAAACGGGAAGCGCCUGACAAUCUACGUGAGCAGGAAGUACAAGCAACUGAAACACGGCCAUCGAACGCCGAGCACCGUGAAGAGAGCGAGUGACGACUCGCCACAAAAGUUCUCGAAAGAUGCCGAGGAGCCACCGGCCAAGAAACCUAAAGAGGAGGCCCAAACAGAGGUGGAGGAGGAGAAAAAGGAGGAUGUGGAGAAUCAGAAGGAGGAGGAGAAGCAGCAGGAGGAGGAAAUGGAGACCCCUGAUGUGAGCGAAGAGACGGCGGUGGAAGAAAAGUCGGCUGCGGAGAAAGUUCCUGAAGUUUCUGCUGAGAGGAGCGGCGAGGACGAGAAACAGGAGGAGCUGGUGGAGCAGAUGGAGACAUCGACCAAUCAGAGCGGGGAGACCGAGGCUGCUGCUCCUGCUGAGAACAAACCCAGUGUGGCAUCUAUGCCGCUGCCACCGUACGACCCCAACACGCCAAUCGGUGUCGAACAUGUGAAAGCAGGGUUUUACUGCCGCAUCUGUUUCCUGUUUUACUCCAACGAAGACACAGCAAAGAAGACGCACUGCAGCAGCCAGGCGCACUACGACAAGCUCCAGAAAUACCUGGAGAAGGAGCAGAGCAAAGUGGAGAAGAAGGUGAAGACGACAACGCCGUGAGAACACCCGAAACUGAGGAAGAAGUGUGAAUGUUGGACUUUUUAAAAA